CACCAAUCAUUCGAAAGAGCCGAUGACGUCGGCUCUGUCAUGUGAUCAGCUGUGUCCAAUCACAGCUGAUCGCAUGGCACUGAUGAUCAGUGUGCCCUGAUGAUCAGUGUAGCCCAUAUCAGUGCCACCUGUCAGUGUACAGCAAUGCCACCUGCCAGUGCCCAUCUGUGCCACAUCAAUUCCACAUAUCAGUGCCUACGAAUGCAUAGCAAUGCCACAUAUCAGUGCCCAUCUGAGAUGGCUUUCAGUGUCACCCAUCAGUGCCAGUGAGUGCCACCUAUAAUUUCCAGUCAGUGCCACCUAUCAGUGCCAGUCAGUGCCGCUUAUCAGUGCCCGUCAGUUCCGCCUAACAGUGCCACCUAACAG